UUCGGUGCGGUGUGUGAGCACUCGCGGACCAGUAACUUCUUGGCAAGACUGAUGGAGAAGCUCGAAGGAAGUCCGUCUCUGUUCAAGCGCAUCAUGAAUACGAUUUCGAGUUUGCCAGCGGGAACUUCGAAUGAUGAGCUUCUGAUGGUGUUGUCAGCCAUGCUACGCCAUCAUAAAGCCAUUAUGGUCGAUUUCCGUAAUUUCCUAACGACGCCGUUGAAUAAGAUCAACAAGAACGAGGGAGACGGUCAGAGCUGGGAGGAGAUCUUUCUCGACGACGAAGGAGAGAACUUGACGUUGCUAGCCAACGACAUGAAGUGGUCAGCUUGCCAUGUCCGGCCAAGCCUUGCCACAUCUGUGAAGGAUGACGGUUUUGAGAACAUCAACUUGGACGAUGUGCUGCGUUGCGACAACAGAGUGGGCUUUCGGCCCGGACGGCGCGCCUACACGAAAUGCUCGCGUUGCGGCAUGCACCGCUGGGUGGUCAUCGACAAGGACAAGGACGUUACGGUGAAGAAACCCGUAACGAAGACCACAUCGUCCGGCAAACGUGCCGGCAUGCCUGCGAAAGCUCCCGCCAGCGCUGCGUCGACGUCUGGCCUGCGCUGCAAGCUUCUACUGACUCGAUCCCAGUGCCUGUGCGACAAGAGCCGUAAGGACAAGGCGCGCAAGAAAGACCUGAAAAGCAGUCCUGGAAGACGGCGGAUCGCUAACUCCCGUGCAGUGCCUCGCGGGACUGCUGUCAGCCCGCACGACACGGCAUCGUCGUCGUUACGGCACACGUACACUUCUCGGCGUCGAGCAGCCGCUCACGCGUCAUCGGGGAACAGCCGAGCCGGUGGUGGUGGUGGUGAUGGUGGCUCUGCCGUGUUCACGCCUCACGGCCAUGCUACGUUGCGUAGCAGCAUUGCCGCCGCACCGAAACCAUCUCCCGCUUCGACGCAUUCUCCCGUAGCCGAUGAGUUCAUUGCAUCGCCGCCAAAGCACGAAGACAUCAUGCUGCAGUGUUCCGCGGAAGACGAACCUAUGAAUACGGACGAGGCGGCGCAAGACGACGAGCUACCUCAGGUCGAUAGUGAUCACGGCGAUGUGUGUUGCUCUCCGGAUGCACUCUUGCCGUCUGGGGACGACGACCGAGCACGUCAGGAAUCCGAGUGCUCAUACGAGUCGGACUCGCGCCGCUCACGCAAGCACUCGCAGGCGUCCCUCUCCUCGUGGAGCGAGCACACAAUGGUGUCGGCUAGCAGCAGUGAGGACGAACUGGCCGACGAGGGACUGGUGGACAGUGCUAUCGACAGCAGUGGCUUGCUUGAGGACCUAAUGACUGACGACGGGCUGGAAGUGGACGAGGACCUUGUGACAUCCACGAUAGCGGCUGCAAGCCGCACUGCUGCUGAUGCUGGCAACAGCAGCACCACACCAACCCGGCGUGCACCGGCGAGCACGUCGCACGUCGCAUGCACGUCAGAAACACCGUCGGCGCUGCCAGCCGGGGAGCUCCUGUCGGAUGACUCCUUCGCAAGCGACGGUUCCACGUUAACGCCCGGCCGCAUGCCAAAGCGUCGUCACUCCGGCUCAGCGAGCGGCACUACUACUCCAUGCGCCGCCACGCGCACCGCCAAAAGAGUUUGCUCGGCGUCUGACGUCUCUCUUCGGUCGCCGCUGAUCCCCAGUCCCGCAGCAUCCGCUCUACCAACGCCUCAUCGCACCGACACUCACUCACCACCGCUACUUCGCACGCCAAGCGCAACAACUCGCCAUUCGCUCUCCAUCCGUGCGGCCACGCCAUCAUCAUCGUCGUCGGCAACCGACGCUCACCGCUGCAGUCCGUUGGCGUGCAGCACUCCGUCAGUCGGCUCGAAUCGCUCGGCCACGCCGUCGCCAAUGACGACGCCGCUGGCUCGCCCGCACACGCGCAGCUGCACGCGCCGCUCGCAACUCUUCGUGACCGACGGCAACGCAGCCGCGCUGCCACUGCCGCCCGUCAGCUCUGCCGCCUCGCCAGUGCUCAGUGUCCUGCAGGUGUCGCCCAUCGCUGCCGUGCACCCGGACGCACUACGCGAGGCGAUCACGGCGAGUGCGAGCAGCCCCGGCGGCGCCAGUGGUCCACCUUUUGAUGAUCAGUAUUCUGAUUCUGCUGACGCGCCUGCGACUGAGUUUGCAGCGCCCAUGCGCUUAUUCCAGUUAGAGCAUGAGCGCGAUGGCGGUAAUGGUGUGGAGUCUGCUGGGAGCUGUGCCCAGCCGGAAGACUCUAGUGUUGUUGGAGCUGUAGAGUCAGCUGGCCAGGCGAGACAGGAUGAUGACGCAGCAAUGCCAUCCGGCGUCAGCGGCGGCUCUGUGCUGCCACCGCCGUCGCCUGGCACCGGUACUGCUCACUGUGAAGCGACUGAAAACCUCUCCACCGUCGUCGCGGUGGUGGACUGUGUUCGCUCUGUGUCUCUGCCGGAGCACACUCCUGGUCUGCAGCCUGGCAGCAGCGGCUACGAGCAUGCUUCUACGCGCGGACCGGUGGAGUGUUCCCCCGCGCCACCGAAUAGCAGCAGAGAUGCUGAGGUUCUGGAGGACAUUGAUUUUGACCAGCAACAACAUGGGCAGGGGCAGGUGUCCCACGCAAAGCAGUCCAUUGACCAGCUGCAGUCGCCCAGCCAGAACCCUAUCCCUGUCACACUAGCGGAACAAGACAAUAGCUGUUCGGGAAAACCUACUGAAGCAGGCGACGGUGACGGUGAAAGCAUUGCUGCUGGAGUCAACGCCGUAACAGCGGAUGACCACGAUGCUGCAGAUGCAGCUGUGGCCGUGGCGCUGUCACAAGCAGACCACACUGAAGUCGUUACGGAUACGUCCGUGCGUGAUCGCUCACCUGUUUCCUGUGCCAUAAGUCCGCAAGGCCAGCCUGGCAAUGACACGGCUGGUAGCGAGGAAGAUACCCACCGGCACACCAGCUUGCUGUGUGAGAAAUCCUCCCCAGCCGAACACAGUUCUAUCGACCAUGCACUGUGUACUGAGCGGUCACCGGAUAUGCCUAUCGGAUCACCGCCCUCUGCUGUCACGGGGAUUUUGCAGGUGCAUCAGUCGUCUCAUGGAGGAUCACCAGCAUCGGACACGGUACUUUCCGUUGGUAGCGAGUCACCCGCCCCGGCACAAGACACCGUUCAACAUCCAUUGGAACCACCGCAAUAUGCGAGCCAUACGACUUCCCCACUUGCAAGUUUGCUCGAUGAUGAAACAGCUCUACUACCUUCGUCCUGCGUUCAUGACUUGUCUGUCUACGUAACCGAGCAACAAGACUCACUCGCCACCGUAACCAAGCAAGACGACCCACCCGCCACCGUAACCAAGCAACAGGACCAGCAUAUCACUGUAAUUGAGCAACAUGCCCUGCCUGUCACCGCUAUCGAGCAACAAGCCCUGCCUCUCACUGCCCCUGAGCAGCAGGCUUGGACGGUCCUAACGACUGCUACCUGUUUAGAAUCGCCGGCGCGACUAGGCAGUAGUCCCGGCGUGCCGAGUGCUAUUCCAUCGCCAUCAGCAACAUCUGAAAGGUGUAGUGAUACGCCGCUGUCACCCUCUUGCAACCAGCCACUGGACUGUCACGAUGCUGGUAACACAGCCUCCACAGCAGCCACCCACGGGCGGAAUGACACCGUGGCCGCUGAUUCUCGCCAUGCCUCUGCACGUGGUGAAAUAUCUGAAAGGCGUGAUGAUAAUACCCCCUUGUUGCCCUCUUCCAAUCUGCCACUAGACUGUCACGAUGCUGAUAACACAGCUUUUGCAUCAGCCACCAACGAACCGAAUGACAUCGUGGCUGCUGAAAGCUCACGAUUUCAUUCGCCCGCUGAAACGGAUUCUCACCGCGUCACUGCAACUAGUGCUAGUUCUGCGGUCGAGCCGGCUGACCGGUCUUGUCACGAUGGUGUCGCUGCUGCUACUGCUACUCAUGCUCUGAGUGAUCUUGAGCGUGCUUCAAGCGUGCACAGUCCAGCUCAGCAUGUUACCAUGGGUGGAGCUGUGAGUGAGCUGGUUAACAGCCCAGCUACGGAUACAUGCCAGGGCAUCUCGGCAGGUCAUGACGUCAUCACCUCGGCCCCGCUGCCUACCUCCUCCGGUAUAGAUAUGUCACGCACGCCUGAUGAUGUUGCCUCUACCAGGCAUGAGCGUGCACUGUGCGGCUCAGACGAUUCUCCCCAGUCUGCUUUGAGCAACUCGGUUGGAGCGUCUGGACAGACGACCAGUGGCUCGGUGCUCACAGCUGACCCCGCUCAAAUGAGCUCAGAAUGGAUAUCUGAGCAGGGCGCGUGCUGCUCAUCACACGACUACGACCGCACUCCGAGCAACUCUUCUACAAGUGUAGCAGGGUGCGCUGUGCCUAGCCCAGCUUUGUCCAGUGCCACUAGCAGAUCCGGUCAUCUGCAAACUAGCGCUACUGAGCGGCCUGCAAGCUGCUCACCCGCCAGCUCUGACCACAGUCUGAGUGCGUUGAGGUCAGGAGCCGGCCAGGCAUCAUCUAGUCCAUCCCCGGCCCUCUUCAGUGGCAACAGUUCACCAGCACAGACUCCCGCUGAACUGCAUCGCUGGACCAAGGACGAAGAUCGUCUGAUCCUGUUGACUUGCCAGCAGCGUGGAGUAUCCUCCCAUACCAUGCAACAGGUCGCACUGCUGCUACCAGGCCGCACGGCUGAAGAGGUGAAAGCACGCUAUCUGAACCUUGUGGCACUCUACCGCAGAAGUUCAUCUUUAGCCGUGUCUCCCGCUUCGUCGAACGAUGAAACUAGUUCCUCUGGUAGCGAUGAUGAUGAUGAUGAUGAUGAUGGUGAUGGCGAUGGUGAUAUUGUUGACGGAAGCCCCGGGCGUAGUUAGUUUCUGAUCACGGUGAUGUGUGAGGCUCCUUGGCGUUUGGUAUUGUCUACCAUAUUUCAGACAUGUGUUCAACGGUAUGGCCUGUAUCGUCGCCCAUCACCGCUCAGUGCCAGCUGUUCCUUUGCUAGCGAUGAAGAUAAUGAUGAUACUGCUGGCGUUGUUUGGGAUACCAAUGGUAUUCGGUGUGUAUCAAAGUCUGUAAUGUGUUCCACGUCAAUGCUCGUGGAAAUUCUCCUUCGCUGCUUCAGUAAUUGGUAUGGUGGUGUUGUCGAGCGUUAUUGCACAAUUCUCUGCGAGCCUGCCGAGCGUUUUUUCAACCUGCUGCUGCUGCUGUUGUUCCAGCCCUGCUUCUCCCGGGCGGGUUGUGGGCUUGGAUUUCUACUCAUGCAUGUUGUAACUCUCUUCAUGCUGGACACCCACCGUGUGGCAUUGCUUUUUAGCUUUUUUACUAUGAACACUGCUUGCCGCUCGCCGUGCCCCUUGUGUUCACUGCCGUGCGAGCUCGCGGUGGCUUUGCGGAAACGAACGACGACUUGCUGUUGCGUUGUCCGUGCGCAUUGUCGUCGUGUUCCGGCAACUAGCGGUAGCGGUGGGUGGUGCGGUUCAGCUCGCGUUCGUUUCCGUAUGCGCACUGUUGCCCCAUGGCAUUCAUCAUCGUCAUCAAGGUCAUUCCAGUGUCAAAAAAACAGGUUGUGUACCAGGCCUUAUGACUGGACCUUGCAUAACAGCCAGGAAAGCCGUGCACUUCAAGCCAUGCGUGUUCUAUAACCUGCACAUGUGCACACGUUGUAUAUAAAUAAUUAUUUUUCUUGCCUUGUCCGGCCACUAGCUGUCUUUUUUCUUCUUCGUCCACAGUAUGUCCGCUAUAUUCCAGAACCCGCUGCUGAAAGCUAGCUCCAUAUUCGGUUGAUAAUUUAUCUCCCCAUUUUUAAUUAAUUUUAAAUGAGCUUUUUCAAAACUUUUUAUCGCGAAGCCAAGUACACGUACGUGCUGUCAAUUUACUGAAAACUUUGGCAAC